AUGUCGGAACCCAGUGAUUUGAGACAGAAAGCUAUAGAUGUUGUGAACCAGUACAUAGAGCCGGGGAUUGGAGCCGAAGGCUCAGCUCAACGGUACAGUGAAACAGGGACCAAGUAUGAUGAGUACAUGGUAGCCUAUGAGUACUCAGGCCCUCGAAGAGCAGCUGAAACUGUGGCAGAUCUUGCCAAAGGAAACUUUGAUGUCAAAAUCUUGGACAUUGGCGCUGGCACAGGACUUGUUGGUGUGGAGUUGGUCAAGCUUGGCUACAAGAACAUUGAUGCCGUGGACGCAGCUGAGGGUAUGCUGAAUGUUGCAAAGGAAAGGAAUAUUUAUGGGAAAAUUGUUUGCCAGUUCAUUGGAAAUGAAAAUCUCCCAUUUGAGGACAGAACUUAUGACUUCAUAGUCUCAUCUGGAGCAAUGCAAGAAAAUCACAUUCCUCGGGAAGCUUUCAGAGAUUUGAUUCGAGUUGUGAAACCAGGCGGUUACAUCGUGUCCGUGUUCAGAGCUAUAGCUGCCAACGCCCAGUGGUACAAGGAGGGUCUGGAAGUUUACUUUGCUCAGCUGGAGAAAGAAGGGCUGUGGAAGCUGCAUAAUCGGGAAAUUUUUCCUCGUUUUGUUUCUGAUAAAGAUGGACUAACUCUUGUUUAUCAAGUCCUGUAA